CUGUCCACUUUAUGAGAAUAAUUUGUAUUUUGCAAUUCCAGGUGUUAGAACGCUUUUCUUUAUGUUUCGUAGAAAUUGUUUCUAUCGAGCGUGUGUCCUACUGGUCCAGCUUUUAUGAGACGGGGGAUGUGUACACAUAGCAGCCUUCGAAGUUCUUAAAACCCCUCUGUGUCUCUGUACGAGUUAUGGUUUUGAGAUGAGAAUCUCAGCUUCGUACAUCAUUACUCCGGCAGGAGGUGCGGCUUUCGUUCCCUUUCCCCAGCUCAUCCAUGUGAAUCACUUUAUCCAUGUUCCCGUCAAGAAGUGACAUUCACAUUGGAAUGUGGCCGUCUGUGUGCAGUCUGACAAACACGGGACUGGAAUCAUGACCCCUGUUGUCAUGGCUUUGUACAGUGCUGGCCUCCUGGGCCUGCUGCCGCUCAGCCUGUUCUGGCUGCACCUGGCACAGAGUUUUGGAAGGAGCCGUUUCAGAGUGAGGCGGUCCUGUUGGGCUGCGGCCAGUCACUGGAACAUGAAUUACAUUAGGUUGCAAAGUGUAAUCAAGGGCAGCGUCCCAAAAAUCAUUUGCUGUUACUUUGAAAAAUUGGAUUUAACUGGAUCGUAGGUCCAGAUUUGGUUUGAACCUGUUGUUGGUUUUUUUUGGUGGAGUUGCGACUGGUCACAUUGAUGGUCAGUAAUAAGCAGUGACUUUCCAGUGUGAAGGAAGUUAGAUUUCCUGCCAAUAAUAAUGACAAAUGUCAGACCCUACAGAUGGUCACAUGCAUCCUGCCGUUGGCAUCAGGUAGGGUUACCCCAUUAUUUCUCAGUCUGUCAUGUUUGGGCAAAGAUUACUAAGGUGUGACGUGUUGAAGACGCUUGCUUCCUGAGAAUUUUUAAAAGCUGCAUUCGUUUUAGCCAGGCUGUGCUGGACUUGAAUUCCAGCCCUCUCCUCACACACAGCUGUGCGAUCAUGAGCAACGUAACUACCCAGUUUGCCUUAUAACAUGUAGCCCAAAAAAGAUUAUGACUAGCAGGUGGUGCCUGUGAAAAGGUUGCAGCUAUUUUUACUAUAAUACUAGCUUUGUCUGUGGAAUAAAUCUUCAAAGUGAGGCAAAGUUGAAAAUAAGUGAUAUGUACUUAGUGGAAAGUAAAGCACACCUAAUACACAGUUUGCGUUUGCUUUCUAGAGGUAGAGUGAUGGUGUCGGCGUGGUGAUAGCACGUUGUCUGUAGGCUUCUGGGCAGAAGGUGGCAUUCGGACCCAGCUUGGAGGAUGUGUGGAUCCAGGCCUUUCCCUCAGCAGACCCGGAAGCAGCCAGACAGCACUCCACUGCUAAUCAGUGACCCACAGUUGAAGAUGACUGUCCUAGACUAGGGGUGUGGACUUGAGCCUCAGAACCGAGUGGCUUAUUCAAGAUUAGAUUUGACCUCAUUAGCAUUGUGUGCUACCCGGCCGUGCGCACUGGCCAUGGACCAAAACCUAACGAGGGCUCUGAGACUAAAUGGGGUGGAAAGCGAGUGAUUUGUAAAAUCUGAUGUUCUGCUCUAAAAAUCUUGCUCCUGAAGACAAACUGGCCUAAUCGUAAAAUGAAAGCGCGUUUGUGAUGAGCCCCACCGUUCACACAGUUGUGUAGGGAGCUGGAGAGUCACGCGUGUGGUCGUGUCUUCCUGGGUCAUCCUCUCCGACCACAGUUGCUGGCCGUGUGAAUGGGGGUGUGUGUGUGGAGCUGGCAGCCCCAGUGUGUCCUUACGACUCCCCUUUUCUUACACAUUCAGAGGGUUUUGAGGGGAGAGCAAGUAUAAACUUUGUGAUAACAAAAUUAUAGCGUGUUACGUGCAAGUUGCCCGAUUCAAAAAAUGUGUUAGUCUUCGAGAGGUCAGGCGUUUACUCUCCCCAACAAUUUAGGAGAUGUUUUGUAAAAGGUUACGAUUUUAUGUGAAGUGAAACCAGUAUUCUGAAAAAGUUGGGUGGAGUCAGUUCAUUAUAAAACUGGAAAAGCCGUUUGUGUGCGUGUAGGAAGUCAGACCUCUGAGGGCGCUUUCCCUGGAUUCCAUGAAGGUACCAGAGGGGAACACGUGUCCCUUUUUAUUCUCAGAGGUGGCUGGGAAGAAAGCGGAAAGCUGGUGAAUGUCUGAGAAGGUGGCAGAGCCCGGCCCCUCCUGCAGAGAGGCGUGGGAGCGGGGAGUAGGGCUCCGCUCAAUUGUAGCCAGCGCAGACUUUGUAUUUUUUACAGGCAUGGGUUUGUCACAAUAUGUUCUGUUGGGUAAGAGAGUUUUGUGGAUGUUGUUUCUCCUUGAAAUCUGUACAUCAGAAUAUCCAGAUCAGCAGAUGGACGGCUUCCUGGGCUUGACAUUUAUGCGCAUGAAGGGUGUAGAGUUGCCAGACAAAAAACACCACUUACAUCUGAAUUUCAAAUAAUGUCGGUCAGAAGUCGACCUUGACCAUGGGAGGUGCUGUGAGCGCUGGAGAAGACAACGACGAGCUGAUCGAUAACCUGAAGGAAGCACAGUACAUCCGGACUGAACUGGUGGAGCAAGCUUUCCGAGCCAUCGAUCGUGCCGAUUAUUAUCUUGAAGAGUUUAGAGAAAACGCUUACAAAGACUUAGCAUGGAAGCAUGGGAACAUCCACCUGUCGGCCCCCUGCAUCUACUCCGAGGUGAUGGAGGCCCUGGAGCUGCAGCCUGGGCUCUCGUUCCUGAACCUGGGCAGUGGCACUGGCUACCUCAGCUCCAUGGUGGGGCUCAUCCUAGGUCCUUUUGGGGUGAACCACGGGGUGGAGCUUCAUUCAGAUGUCGUCGAGUAUGCAAAGCAGAAGCUAGACUCCUUCAUCAGAACGAGCAGCAGCUUUGACAAGUUUGACUUCUGUGAACCUUCCUUCGUCCCUGGCAACUGCCUGGAGAUCUCUCCGGGCUGUUCUCAGUACGACCGGGUGUACUGCGGGGCUGGCGUGCAGAAGCAGCACGAGGACUACAUGAAGAGUCUCCUCAAGGUCGGGGGCAUCCUCGUCAUGCCGCUGGAGGAAAAGGUCAGGCCCCACGUAACUGGCGUGUUCACUUCCCCGAGCGUCAAGUUGACUAAGAUAACGCGUACUGGCCCUUCUGCUUGGGAAACCAAAAAGAUUCUGGCUGUUUCCUUUGCUCCUCUGAUCCAGCCCUGCCAUUCUGAGUCAGGAAAAUCACGACUUGUCCAGUUACGUAAGUCUGAUGACAACAGCUGUGAGGACGCGGCGGAGGACCGGCCUGAGCAGGACGACGCGCCGCCGGCGCCCAGGCCGGAGCCGCCGGUGAACGUGCUGCGCGAGAAGGUGCUGCGCCUCCCGCUGCCCGACGCCCUGAAGUGCUACCUGCUGUACUACCGCGAGAAGUGAGGGGGGCAGUGGGGUGCCGCGCCCAGGAGCAGCGAGCCCCCCACCCCCAGCUCGUCCGGACUCUGCUCUAGGGCGCUCGUUAAACGGCGGGGCGUCUUUAAGUCCCGUCUGGCACACGCGAGGCCCGCGGGAGAGAGUGGCCUGGGAAGGGCCGGCUGUCCCCGGGCCCGGCGCCCGCUCCUGGCACCGGACGCUCGCCCGCCUCGCGGAUUCGAAAAUAACCUGUGUUGCUCACGUUUGUACGUGGUGGGCCUGCUCUGCGCGGGACACACGGCAUCAGCCUCUUACCGGCUGCCACCGAGUCCCACUGAGAGCUUUUCGGUUCCCGGAGGAGGGCACGUUACUGAGAAGCUCCCCCUUAUUUGAAGUAAAUGCAUUAACUCUUACGUGAGUUGUCGGUUGUAAUUUUUAAAAAGAAAAACUAACGGGGCGGAGGACUGAGCACCAAACGGCCGCUGUCUUUCUGCAGUUCCGGAGGACUCCAAGGCGUUUCUUCCUGACGCCUUUUGCUCCCUUAGAACCAAAUGUCGGUAACCCUGAGAGCGCCCCGCAGACAGCUGUGUGGAGUGGACCCCGCGGCUCCGCUCCCGGUGGCGGGAAGGUCGCCGGCCCAGCCUGCCGUGCGCAGCGCGCGUCUGAGGCUUUGGCGGGCUCGGCCCGGGGCAGCAGGAAGCGUGAGCGAGGACGCUGCUGGAGACAGCUUGAGCUUUCGCAACUUGGGUUCGCUAUUUUCCUGUAAUCACAUUAGAGUACUGAUUCAUAGAUUUUAUCUUUUGUAAUUCUGGAGAAAGAUUUGUUAGUUUUGUAAUUUUUCUUAAGAACAAAUAUAUGUAUUUUACUAGCUCCAUUGCAUUAGAAUGAUUUAGCUCACGGUGACUUCUGAAACUGGCCUGCAGGCUCCGUGCGCAGAGAGCUCUCUGCCUUUAACCCAGUUGUGGGCCUGGAGGCAAAGGGACCUGUCAGCUGUCUGCAGGGUGUUUGGGAGUCACGUCGCUUGUUCGGAAACAUCGGUUCUUUCCAAAUUCUUUUUUACCUGAAGAAAAAAAUAGUGUUAAAUAUUAACAAUAAACCCAAACUCAGUGCUGAUGUGGCAUUGCUCACCCAGAUUUCCUGAUUCACUUUACCCUUUACCCUCUGGGCUGUUGCUGAGGUUCAGGUGUCUCUGUGGCUUCACCAGCUUAAGUAAAUUCUGUUUUGUUUUUUGUUUUUUUUUUUUUCAUUUUUGCUUUUUUGUAGUAACUGAGUCAUUUUUGUCACAGGAUACUGUGAGCAUGCACAACUGGGAAAACAUGGAUAUCAUCCUAGGUUUAUAAGUUUGAGCUGCUGUAGAGAAGGUUACUUCAUAGUGAGUUACUUGCCUUUGACUCAGACAGAGUCCAGCCCCGUUCUUUCAGAGAGAGAAGCGCGGUUUACAGUUACGUGCUGGCACUUCAUAGUUUGACAUUAUUCUAACUGAUAUGUAGAGAACUGUGCAAUACAUGGACGUUUUGGGGCAUAAUAAGUAAAUGAUAUCUGUGAUAAUGUUAAAUUAUGUUGCUUGAUUAAAUUUCCCCUGUAAUUGUAUAAGGAUUUCAUUUAUUUUAAACCACCUUUGCCUUUAUGCUAGCUUGUAAAAACUAUUUACAAUGCAUAAGACAUGUUUUUCCUAUAUAUGUUCAACUUUCCCUAACAUUUUGUAUUUACAUGCUGUCAGUUUGUGAUUUUUAAACCAGAAUUUGGUUAAAAAUAUAUAGAUACAACAUACAUGAAAUAGUUUGAUGUUUAUCUUAUAAACAAAGGAGAACUGUGAGUUUUCCCGUGCUUAAGCACCUUAGUUAGCAGAGUUCAGUAUGAUACACUGUUUUUGAGCGGAUGGAUCAUAUAGCCUGUGUUGUCUGCAAGCUUUGUAUUGUAAACCACAUUCUAGACAACUGUUGACUUCUGUGUUCUGAGUAGUCUCUAUUUUUAUAUGUGACUUUUGUCUUCAAAGUAGCAAAGCCAUAGACAUGUGCAAAACGUAUACCGAAUUCAUAAAUAUUAAGUAUGUGAUGUGAAAAUCAACUGUGUAUGUAAAAAUACUUUUGCCGGUCUGGAACUUUCAGGGUAUUAAUGUCAGAAAUCUAAAACAGAUUUUAAUGAGCUGAUAUAUGUGGAUAAAUAAAAGGUAUCAAUAAAGGCAGUUAAGACAUUUA